CGUCAGCAAUACAAGCUCCAGCAGAUGCACUCUGUGCUCACAGAUGUACACCAUCACAGAUUCUGCCAGGCACCUUCUGUGCAACACUUCACCUUGUAGCUUUCUGAGCCAUCUUGUGCAAACAGGAUUGCUAGUGGAGAGCUGGCUGCAGGACAGGAAGUGAAGGACAAUGACCAAGAUCAGACUACCCUAAAAUGGAAAAUAAUGUUUCAGUGCAGCACACUAGAAAGAAAGGAAGGAGAGGCAAAUUGUAAGCUGGUCUGAUAAAAGGUAUAACCGAGAUGGCAAGAACAAAGGAAAGAAUGAAAUGAAGGAAGAAAGAAAUGGUGUCAGUGCUGGUGGAAGGUUACUGAUGGAUUUCUGCCAAAACAUCUACAGAGUUUGCACAAGAACUGUGUUUCAGGAAAUAUCUCGGACCUCUUGGUGCUGGGUGCUUUUAUAAUAAAACUGUACCUUUUAGGAUGGCAAAUCAUGGCAAAACAAGCAUAGAAGUUAAAAGAUCUCAGAAUUCAAUGAGUAAAAAUGGUGUUUGCCCUGGAAAAGGAUGAUAAAAAGCCUUCAUUGGCCAUCACAACAACACUGUCACUUCAUAUUGCCAGUCCAUCUGAGGCCUCAGUUUUGUUUGUCAGUCACAGUAUGUUGGAUAUCUACAAAGAAGACCAGCAAGAGAGAAAUAGCACUGUAACCAGGUAUGGACUUCUACCAGGGGAGGUAGCUGCAGCAAGCUUCAUUUUUGGAAUAACAUGGCUGUUUUCAAUCCUGGGAAAUUCUCUUGUUUGUCUGGUAAUCCACAGAAGCAGGAGAACUCAAUCAACUACCAACUACUUUGUAGUGUCCAUGGCCUGUGCUGAUCUUUUAAUCACUGUGGCUAGUGCCCCCUUCAUACUUCUUCAGUUCACCACUGGAAGGUGGACACUGGGAACUGUUAUGUGCAAACUGGUGAGAUACUUCCAGUACUUAACUCCUGGAGUUCAGAUCUAUGUUCUGCUUUCCAUCUGUGUGGACAGAUUCUAUACAAUUGUGUAUCCAUUAAGUUUUAAGGUGUCCAGAGAAAAAGCCAAGAAAAUGAUUGCAGCUGCUUGGGUUUUUGAUGCUGCUUUUGUGUCUCCGAUAUUCUUUUUCUACAGAUCAGACUGGGAUAGUCAUUGUAACUUUUUUCUGCCAGACUCCUGGGAUGGGAUUGCCUAUGGAACUAUACAUCUUUUGGUGGGGUUUCUGAUUCCUUCAGUAUUAAUCAUUUUGUUUUACCAAAAAGUUGUGAAAUACAUUUGGAGAAUAGGUACAGAUGGACGAACACUAAGGAGAACAAUGAACACUGUCCCAAGGACAAAAGUCAAAACUAUCAAAAUGUUUCUUAUGUUGAACUCUGUUUUCUUGCUUUGCUGGCUGCCUUUUUACUUAGUUCAGUUAUGGCACCCCCAUGAGUCUGACUACAGGCACAGUUCUUUGCUGUUUAUGUCUAUUACAUGGAUAUCAUUCAGCUCAUCAGCUUCCAAGCCAACUCUUUAUUCGGUUUAUAAUGCAAACUUCAGAAGGGGCAUGAAGGAGACGUUCUGCAUGUCUUCCAUGAAGUGUUACAGAAGCAAUGCCUAUACUAUAACCACAAGUUCCAGAAUAGCCAAAAAGAACUAUGUUGGAAUAGCAGAAAUCCCAGCACCAGCAAAGACUAUCACCAAAGAUGCAAUAUAUGAUACUUUUGACAGAGAAGCAAAAGAGAAGAAACUUGCUUGGCCUAUUAACACAAACCCUCCUAACACAUUUGUUUAAAAUAUUUAACUGUAUUUAACUACAGUUAUGCGCCAUUAAUAUCAAAGAGCUUUAUCUUUUAGGACAAUAUUUUUGCAAAAAAUGUAUGUACUGCAGUUUAACGAUUUGAAAUGCAUUUUCAUUUUGUUAAGUUUACAGUUAUAAUGAUUACUGUCAUUUUAUUUUAUGCAAACAUUUUAGCAUUUUACCACAUGCAUGUAAAUAUGAGGAUCUAUUUGCUUUUGAUUAUAUUAAACACUGCUUUGUGUACAACAAUGUACAUGCAUAUGAGAUCAUA